AUGAGAGAAGUUCUUGAGGCUGGGCCUUGGUUUUUUGGUUCUAGGCCAUUGGUUUUAAAACCAUGGACUAUUGACAUGGACAUGGAUAAAAUUCAAGAUUAUAACUAUCCUAUGUGGGUCCAAUUUCCAAAUUUGAGAUUAAAUCUAUGGAGUUCAGUUGGUAUUAGUAAAAUUGCAAGUUUCAUUGGUUAUCCAAUAACAACUGAUAAACUUACAGCUACAAGAGAGAGAUUAAGCUAUGCUAGAGUUUUAUUGGAAGUUAAACUUCCUUUAAAAGAUCCCUUACCUGAUGAAAUAAUUGUUCAAGGUCCUGAUGGGGAAAGCUACAAGCAAUCUGUUUUGUAUAAGCUCAAGCCAAGAUGGUGUUCUCUGUGCAAUAUUUUAGAGCAUGAAACUGAAAAAUACAGGAGGAAGAAAAAUGUGAAUAAGAAAUGGAUACCAGUUAAUAAACAGCCAGUGAAAGAUGCUCCAAUGAAUCAGUCAAAUGUGCAACAACAAGAUCUUGUAAAUAAAGAGGGGCCUACUGAAUCUGUGGGAUCUGAAAAAAAUGAGGCUGAAAUGGUUGGAAAUGAUAUUGGAGAUACACCAGUUGUUGAGAAACAAAUUCAUGAGAGAAGAGAUAAUGCUUUGGGUGUUAGUCCUAGAAUGUCAUGUCUGGGGGCACAAAAUGCCACAAUAUCUGAUAAUUUGCAUGUUUCUGGAAAGCAUGCACAGAACGUGCACAUGCACAUUUUAGGGGCUUCCAAGUCACAACCAAGUGUUAACACCACUGGUUUUACAAGUGCUACUAGAGCUAUUGUAGCUAGAAGGGUUUUUGUGAAUGAUCCUCGUCCCUCAAUUCAAGCCUCACAUUUUUCUAUUUUGGAUCAUCCAACAGUUGAAUUGGAUCCCUCUAGUAUUGAUAGGGGGAGUUUUUUCAGUAAUGCACCUGUCAAUCUGGAAUAUUAG